AUGAUCCAGGAGCAGCUUGGCGCCGAUGCGGUCUUUGUCUGGAACUCUGUUACGCGAUCCGCCAACCCGGAGCGGUACCAGCCGUAUGGUAGCAACCAUUUUCAAGACAAGGCUAUCAAGGGGCUGCAGUUUGGCGAGACGAUCCGCCCUACGGCAUCCGGGGUGCAUGUCGAUCAAGACGCAUCGAAUUCACGUCGUAUGUGUGAGGGAGCGGCUGGCUCGGACGCUUUUGAAAAGUAUUCACGAGUGCAACAGCUCAAUGUUUGGCGCCCGUUGAAAGGGCCCGUGACAAGCAAGCCACUCACCGUAUGUGACGGAACAACAGUCGCGCCAAAGGAUGUCAGUAUCCAUAUGGGCGUGUUUGGAACGAGAGUUCUCGUCCAUCACGAUGACCCCCAGAGAUGGUUCUACAUCAAGCGCCAGGAGCCGGAUGAGUGUUUUAUCCUGAAGAUCUAUGACUCUAACGUUCUUCCCGGGCAAGCCGAAUAUACACCGCACACUGGCGUUGAUGACCUUCGUGGUGCCGAUGGACCCGAGACACACAGAGAGAGUAUAGAAGUGAGGCUCGUGGCAUGCUAUCUCUAG